AUGUCGAAGCUGAUGCUCAUCAUUGCUCUGCUGACGGUAUUGGCCAUCAUGUCCCAAAUCGAAUGGAGGCAACAGUUUUUGGGUGACGUAGAUCCUCAAAAGCAGCUCCCGGAAAGAGAGCAAGUUGUGAAAGAGAAGAUUAUCCUGAUACAGGAAAAGAGCAUCCAUAAGCUGAACGAGGCAAUCCAGAAUCUCAAUGAACAACUGAAAAAAUGUGCCUGCUUUAAUGUGACAUUGAACAACAGUACUCUCAGCUCGCCUGCGGAACAUGUUACCGAGGAGCAUAUGAUGGAUGAUGAGUUUGGGCAGCAGGAAGAAGUUCCCGAGAACUAA